UAUCUUCUCUCUCUCUCCCUCUCUUUUUCUCUGAGUCUACACUCAAAUUCUCUUACAUACUUGUUGCUCUUUCUAUGUAUUUUUGCCAUUUUAUGCAGCUCACAGACAACCAAAGACUCGCACUGAGCUCCUCUGUAUGCCCAUCCAGAUCUAACCCCACUUCUCUCUCUCUCUCUCUCUCUCUCUCUCAGCCAAUCAAGAAGCCAAGCUCCAUUCUUUGCUCGCGAGUUUUCAUGGCGCACUUGUUCCCGGAGGAGGUGCUGGAGCACGUGUUCUCCUUCAUCGGCUCCGACAGGGACCGCAAUGCCAUCUCCCUGGUGUGCAAGUCGUGGUAUGAGAUCGAGCGCUGGUGCCGGAGGCGCGUCUUCGUCGGCAACUGCUACGCCGUCAGCCCCGCGGCCGUCGUCCGGCGCUUCCCGGAGGUGAGAUCCGUGGAGCUCAAGGGCAAGCCCCACUUCGCCGACUUCAACCUCGUCCCCGAGGGCUGGGGCGGCUACGUCUCCCCCUGGAUCGCCGCCAUGGCCCGCGCCUACCCUUGGCUCGAGGAGAUUCGGCUCAAGAGGAUGGUGGUCACCGACGACAACUUGGAGCUGAUCGCCAGGUCGUUCAAGAACUUCAAGGUCUUGGUUUUGUCCUUUUGCGAGGGGUUCUCCACAGGCGGGCUCGCCGCCGUUGCCGCUAAUUGCAGGAACUUGAGGGAGCUUGACUUACGGGAGAGUGAAGUGGAAGAUAUGGGUGGACAUUGGCUCAGUCAUUUCCCCGAUUCAUAUACGUCACUCGUAUCCCUCAACAUUUCCUGCUUAGGCUCCGAGGUGAGCUUCUCUGCCUUGGAGCGCCUGGUGGGUCGCUGCCCCAACCUGAGGUCUCUCCGACUUAACCGCACUGUGCCUCUUGAUCGCCUUGCCAAUUUACUUCGACGGGCCCCACAGUUGGCUGAAUUAGGCACGGGCGUUUACUCUGCUGAACUGAGGUCAGAUGAUUUCUCGAAUCUAGUUGGCGCUCUAGCUGGCUGCCGAGAGCUGAGAAGUCUGUCUGGCUUUUGGGAUGUAGUACCUGCUUAUCUUCCAGCUGUAUAUCCCCUAUGCUCAGGGCUUACAUCGUUGAACUUGAGCUACGCUACCAUCCAAAGCUCUGAACUUACAAAACUUAUCAGUCAAUGUCACCGUCUGCAGCGCCUAUUGGUACUUGAUUAUAUUGAAGACAGCGGUUUGGAAGCCCUGGCUGCGUCUUGCAAAGAUUUACGGGAAUUGAGGGUGUUUCCUUCUGAGCCCUUCAACCGUGAACCAAAUGUAUCUUUAACAGAGCAGGGCCUCGUGUCAGUGUCUGAGGGUUGCCCCAAGCUUCAGUCAGUUUUGUACUUCUGCCGCCAGAUGUCUAAUGCGGCCUUGGUUACCAUAGCUCGGAACCGUCCUAACAUGACUCGAUUCCGACUUUGUAUCAUUGAACCACGUUGCCCUGAUUAUUUAACUCUUGAGCCACUCGAUACAGGCUUUGGAGCCAUUGUCCAACAGUGCAAGGAUCUCAAGCGUCUCUCUCUAUCAGGUCUUCUAACCGACCGCGUGUUUGAGUACAUAGGGACUUAUGCGAAGAAGCUUGAGAUGCUUUCUGUGGCAUUCGCUGGAGACAGUGACUUGGGACUGCACCAUGUGCUAUCGGGGUGCGACAGUCUUAGAAAAUUAGAGAUCCGGGACUGCCCGUUUGGUGACAAGGCGCUCUUGGCCAAUGCUGCAAAGCUGGAGACAAUGCGAUCCCUUUGGAUGUCUUCUUGCUCAGUGAGCUUCGGAGCAUGUAAGCUGCUUGGUCAGAAGAUGCCCAGGCUUAAUGUUGAAGUCAUUGACGAGGAAGGCCACCCGGAUUCGAGGCCUGAAAGCUGCCCUGUUGAGAAGCUUUACAUCUAUAGAACGGUUGCGGGGCCGAGGUUCGACAUGCCUGAUUUUGUUUGGACAAUGGAUGAGGAUUCUGCUCUGAGGCCUUCUUGACAGGUUUCGUUCAACCGCUUGCUUUUUUUCCUCGUGCCCCUAUGAUGUGGUGACUGCGACGGUCAAAGCAGGUACUUGCUCUUCACUGCCCUCUUUCAUGCAGGUCUAAUUUCUUGUUAGCUUAGUAUUAGCAGCUGUUAUUGGUGUGACAUUAGCUGUGGGAAAGGUAUACGGAGGCUCAAGAGCUCUCUAGCCGAAGAUUUUGCACUUGGCUGAGCUAUGGAUACCAAUGCAUUGUUAAAUAAAAGGGGAACCUUUUUGUUGUUCUUGUAGCUGUUGUUGUUGUAUGUGUAUCAAGACAUGGUAAUUUAAUUUGGGCUAGCAUUGUUGUAUGCUCCUUCCAGACUUCAUAAACGUUUAAGGCGAUUGACAUUGGACUUGUCUUGUUAAUGUGAGAGAAACCUUCCCAGGAAAUGAGGUAUUAGAUUCGGCA